AUGGACGGCUUCUAUCCGUACUCCUACGGCACCUUCGCCUGGCUGACGCUCCAGGGCACCGCGCUCCUCUUCACGCCGAAGCUGAUCAUCACCACCUUGCUCGAGGAGACCAGGCAGCCUACACUGCUGGAAAUCUACUUUGCGAGGAGCUGUGGAAUGAGCCAGAUAGCGAUCGCUACGAUAUUCCUGAUCCUCACUGGCGCGCUGCCGCUUGCAUCCUCGUACUCUAUCACGGCCGAAGAGUCUGAUCCGAAGAAGGAGUAUGCGUUCCCGGUGCUGCUGAUCACGUCUGGUUUCCAUGCGGCGGUCGCAGGCUACACGUACUCCUGGUAUGCGGGCACUGGACAGGCCGGGUUUGCGGCUGGGAUGGCUCUCUCUGGUCUUCUCGCCGCGAUGGGACUGUGGUGUAUGCUCUUCGCGGGCUCGGGGCGCAUCAGCAAGAGAACUGGUGCAGACAAGCGGACGUCUGGCUUCCCUUUCAAGAACGUAGAGGCAGACAAGAAGAACAGGAAGAGGACUUGA